GUGUAAUCACAUGUGUCCUUAAAAGCAGGAGGGGAGGCAGAAGAAUACCCUGGUGCAUAGCAACUGAUGUCAUAGAAAAGAUUCUAAAAGAGCAGGUCACGAAGAAGGACUUAGGGUUUGGAAGCUCUUGGGUGAAGGCAAACGGGUUAUCAAGGAAAUGACAUCUGAAGAAUCCAGGGAGCGGAGUGUAGACAGAGCGACUUUCCUGCAAUAAACGUCGAGCCUGUUGCAGUGGCUGCUCUUCCCUUCCCCUGAGGAGGCGCCAAGGGCCCGCAGAAGGAUGUCCCACAGCACCCUUCUCUUCGGCCAGAGUCCCAGUGAUCUCGGUGAGAAUUACCUGUGACUCCAUCCACUCACCUGGCGGCCGUCACCCUGAGCUGGAGAGGAUGAAGGCGUCCAUGGUGCCCUGCCUUAUUGGGUACCUGGUGGUUCCAAGUGGCGCUGCUGUCUUGGGGCGCUGUGUGGUGGCUAAAAAGCUCCACGAAGGAGGCCUGAGUGAUUUUGAGGGCUACAGCCUCGAAAACUGGGUGUGCCUGACUUAUUUUGAGAGCAAGUUCAACCCCACUGCUGCCUACGACAGCUUGCGCGGUGACUACACCGGCUACGGCUUCUUUCGGAUCCGCAACCGUGACCGGUGUGAUCACGGCAAGAACUGCUGCCACGUGUCCUGCUCUGCUUCACUGAACCCAAAUUUAAAGGAGACAAUUGAAUGUGCCAAGAAAAUUGCAAAAGGAAAAAGAGGAAUGGGAGCGUGGACCUCCUGGACCCUCAACUGCCAGGACUCUGACACUCUGGAGCGGUGGUUGGACGGAUGCAAGCCGUAGCUACUGGGAAGCCCUCGCUGCACUUGCCCCUGGCAUCUUCCUAGUGAAGAUGCUCUCCUGUUCACUGCCUUCACUCAUCCCGUUGAUUAUCUCACUGCUUGAUGGCUCCAGGUGGAA